UGUUUUGGUCUGAUACAUUGGUGGUUUGUCAGUCAAUUUUUAUUCACAGAAUGUUCUUAAAGAAUGAAAAUUCACACACAAGGUAUUGUUGAUAAUGCUUAUAAUGUCAAAGGUUUCCAAAAGCAAGUCAUCAAACAGCUAACUAAAAAACAAAGGGUAUAAGGAAUUAGGGCAAGAACAGAAACAUUCCACAUUUUAGACACUUAUAUUUCUGAAACUUUUUUGGGGUAAGAGGGUGACCUGAAAUAUCCUGCGUGUCCUCAGUUGGAGAAACCCAAAUAACAAAACUAUUGGAGUCAAAUGAAUGAACAAUGAGUUUGUAAACAAUGGCUAUUUGCUAGCAAAAGCCCACUGAACUUUCAUUUCCUUUUUUUUUUAAUUUUUUUUUUUAGUUCAGCUCUUGAAAAAUUUUCCCAGUGUAAGUAACUUGAUCACAUGUUGUUUUGUGUCACAUGUUGUUUUGUGGGUCAGUGAGAAGUUUGAUUUUCCAGUUUGAUGAGUUGAGAUGCCAAACUGGGCUGGCAUUAGUUAUGACAAUUACUGUAACUACACUCAGGCUCAUUCCCUCUGUAUGCCAGUAAAACAACACUGAAUGCACAAUGCAGUCUGAUCGCGUGAUACAACUGGCCUUGCUGUUGCCCAUUUUGUUUGAAACCGUUCAUGGACAUUAUGGAUUUAUCCUAGUUCUCUGCCGUGUACUUGGCUCUCUACAAAAUGUUGAGAUUAUUUACUCAAUUAAUUAUGACAAAAGAGAACUGCUGAGAUUCAACAGUACUGAGAAUAAAGUUGUUGCUUACACUGAAUAUGCAAUGAAAUGGGCAGAUGAUUUUAAUAAAAAACCUGAAUGGCUACACAUGGAGGCUGAAAAAGUUAUUACUGACUGCAAGCGCUUUGGGCAGCUAUACCUCCCUGAGGCAGAAAAAACAGUAAAGCCAGAAGUCAUCAUCCGGUCAGUAAGGCAAGCCAGUGGUAAAAGUCCAGCCAUGUUGAUCUGCAGUGCCUAUGACUUCUACCCCAAACCCAUCAAACUGACGUGGAUGAGAGAUGAUAAAGAGGUGACAGCUGAUGUGACGUCCACUGAGGAGCUGGCUGAUGGAGACUGGUACUACCAGAUCCACUCCCACCUGGAAUACUUCCCCAAACCUGGAGAGAAGAUCUCCUGUGUGGUGGAGCACGCCAGCUCUCAUAGACCCAUGAUCUACGACUGGGAUCCAUCUCUUUCAGAGUCUGAAAGAUAUAAGAUCACAACAGGUGCUGCAGGGGUGGUGUUGGGGGUGAUUAUGGCAGUAGGAGGACUGGUCUACUUUAAAAGAAAACACACAGCACUCAUCAUAUCAGCUGGAAGUCAACAUAUUGCAUGCUCUGAACCUCUGCAGACACUCAGCAAUGCUGAGGUGCAUUAGAUCAGUGGUUCUCAACCGGUGGGGCGCGCCCCCCGGACACUCUCCCGGGGGGGGCGCGAGUAGGCUACAGGAUGGGAGGGGAAAAAAACUGAAAAAAAAAACAAAUUUGCAAAUUUUUUUUAUCACUAAACUACUGUCAUAAAAAGUUAUAGUUUUGUAUAUACAUAACUCCUGAAUAAAAAUUAAAAUGUGUUUGGACUGAUUUAAAAAAAAGAGUUUUGAACAAAUUUGAUUGGUUUGUCGAUAGAGCGCAAAUGCAGGUGAUAAGCGGUUUUAUUAAGCGAGUCAUUGAGUCGUUCAUUCAAACGAUUCGUUCAAACGGCCGAUUCAUCAAGAAUGAGACAGAUGUUUGUGCAUGGGUCAUUGAAUCUUUGACUCAACCGAUUCGUUCAAAACACUGAAUCAUUCAAAACACGAUUGAGUGUUGCUGUGAGAUGCGCUAUGCUGUGAUCUUUGUUUGGAUUCAUCGGAUCUAUUUUCGCUGCUAAAAUAGACAAAAACAGUCAUUAUUUCGUCUAAAAUGUAAGUGACUUAAUAUUAUUAACUUGUUUGUUGAACUGUCAUAUGAAAUCAGUGUCACAUUUUCAAUCGUGAGGUGAUGGUAAAUUAAGUGAUGGUCAAUUAUCAGCUCUCUUGGUCGUCAGGUCGUGUGAUGUAUGUUGCUGAACUGUAUUCAAAUGUUAUAAAUAUAAAAACACCACAUUUUGAAAUUUAA